AUAUUAUUCUAAAAACGAUAAUGAGAAUACUAGUUAUCGUAGUAUUGGCCCUCACAGUAAUGGCUGCUCAAAAAAAGAAAAAGUAAUUUACUUAUCAUUUUUUAAUUAGAACAACUACCAAUUUAAUUCAUGUUGACAACUAGGCAUAUAAAAAAUAACAUGCAAAAAUUGAAUAUGAUGUUGAUUCAUUUACAAGUCCUAGAAGUGAGUAACUUAAGACUGCCUAGAAAAGAUAAGACAGCAGCCUAAAAAGAGCUAUUCUUCACAGCCAAUAAUCAGCUGGAUUUGUUCAAAUUUAACAAGAAACAGAUCAAUUAAUUCUUAUGAACCAAGACCAAGAUGUACAUAGAUUUUUUUAUUUAGCUCUCCUCUGAAUUAAUGACAGAAUAAUAAAUUCAAUAAGCUUUAUUAACCGCUGAAGAUUUCAAUAAUGUCCCAAAUAUUGAAAUGCAAGCAGAAUCAAACUAUUAAGCUUCUGAUGUAGCUUAAGAUGAUGUCAAUGAAUCCUACUAUAUUCCAAUUAUUACAGAAGGAGAUGGCACUUUAGAGGAAGUUUAGAACUCUGAUGAAGAACCUCAAUACAACCCAGAUAUUGAGAUGCCUUCCUUAGAUGAAGCAUCAUCAUCAUCAUUCCUUCAAUGAAAGAUUUAAAUAAUCAGCAUUUAUAGAUAU